UGCCUUCCGGCUAUGCUCAGUUCCCUCCGGCCAGUCCCUCCUUGCGCGCCCAUUUCGAGCCCGAAUGUCAAGCUCGACUUUGGGGACCUGAGAAUCCAGCACAUAUUUUCCAGGACUAGAUUCUUGGCUAUGCGGGCAGGAAUGGCGCAGCUGGAGGGUUACUAUUUCUCGGCAGCCCUGAGCUGUACCUUUUUAGUGUCCUGCCUCCUUUUCUCUGCUUUCAGCCGGGCGCUGCGAGAGCCCUACAUGGACGAGAUCUUCCACCUGCCGCAGGCACAGCGCUACUGUGAGGGCCAUUUCUCCCUCUCGCAGUGGGACCCCAUGAUCACUACAUUACCUGGCUUAUACCUGCUGUCAGUUGGAGUGGUCAAACCUGCCAGUUGGAUCUUCGGAUGGUCAGAACACGUUGUCUGCUCCAUUGGAAUGCUCAGAUUUGUUAAUCUUCUCUUCAGUGUUGGCAACUUCUAUUUACUAUAUUUGCUUCUCCACAAGGUGCAACCCAGGCACAAGGCUGCCUCAAGUAUCCAGAGAAUCUUGUCAACAUUAACAUUAGCAGUAUUUCCCACACUCUAUUUUUUUAACUUCCUUUAUUAUACAGAAGCAGGAUCCAUGUUUUUUACUCUUUUUGCCUACUUGAUGUGUCUUUAUGGAAAUCAUAAAACUUCAGCCUUGCUUGGAUUUUGUGGCUUCAUGUUUCGUCAAACAAAUAUCAUCUGGGCUAUCUUCUGCGCAGGAAACGUCAUUGCACAAAAGUUGACUGAAGCUUGGAAAACCGAGCUACAAAAGAAGAAAGAAGAGAAGCUUCCCUCUAUUAAAGGACCAUUUUCAGAAUUCAGGAAAAUUCUUCAGUUCCUUUUGGCUUAUUCCAUGUCCUUUAAGAACUUGAGUAUGCUUUUCCUUUUGACUUGGCCCUACAUCCUUCUAAUGUUUCUGUUUUGUGCUUUUGUGGUAGUUAAUGGUGGAAUUGUUAUUGGUGACCGGAGUAGUCAUGAAGCCUGCCUACACUUUCCUCAGCUAUUCUACUUUUUCUCUUUUACUCUCUUUUUUUCCUUUCCUCACCUACUGUCUCUUAAGAAAAUCAGGUCUUUUCUUUGCUUAGUUUGGAAACGGAGAAUUCAGUUUUUUGUGAUUACUUUAGUCUCCAUAUUUUUAGUUUGGAAAUUUACUUAUGCUCAUAAAUACUUGCUAGCAGAUAAUAGACAUUAUACAUUCUAUGUGUGGAAAAGAGUUUUUCAAAGAUAUGAAAUUGUGAAAUAUUUGUUAGUUCCAGUUUAUAUAUUUGCCGGUUGGAGUAUCGCUGACUCAUUGAAAUCAAAGUCGAUAUUCUGGAAUUUAAUGUUUUUCAUAUGCUUAUUCACCGUUAUAGUACCUCAGAAACUGCUAGAAUUUCGUUACUUCAUUUUACCCUAUGUUAUUUAUAGGCUUAACAUACCUCUGCCACCUACAUCCAGACUUGUUUGUGAGCUGGGUUGCUAUGCAGUUGUGAAUUUCCUAACUUUUUAUAUCUUUCUGAAUAAAACUUUUCAGUGGCCAAAUAGUCAGGACAUUCAGAGGUUUAUGUGGUAAUAUCAGAAACAUCUUGAACUCUAAAAAUAGACUUAUUAUUUAGACUAUUUCCAUAAUGAAAACUACGUAGAAAUUUUUAAAUUUCUUUUAGGCACCAUGGUGAUCCGCAGAUCACAUCAGAUUUUUUGUGCUUUAAAUAUCAGAAAUAUGUAUUUUAAAUAUAUAUAUGUGAAAUAUGUAUAUAUAUAUACAUAUAUAUAUAUAUAUGUAUAUCUAUCUAUCUAUCUAUCUAUGACACAAGGAAGUUAAAUGGUAAAGAACUGAGAAAAGUUUAAGACUUGCUCCAUAAGCCUGAAUAAUGAUGGGAAAGUAAAAUUAUUCAUAGCUAUCUCAUGAUAUUUCUUUGAUACUGUUGGCCACUCAAAAAGCUUGGAAACUUUUUUGUAUACAAGUUUAUUUAUUAAUUCUCUUCAGAAAAAGUAGCAAAGUCUUUGAAAAAUAUUUACAAAUGAUUAGGUAAUAUUAUUGAUUGAAAAGUUGUUUAGCAUUUUAGUAAAUAUAAUUUCAAUCAUAAGGUAAAAUAGACUCACAUAGAUAGUAAAUGUUGUAAAAUAGAGGCUUUUCUGUGUUUAUCUAGGAAUCAAAUUGUUGAUUUUUAUUAAAAAUCUAGAAAUGAUGAAGUCCUUUCACCGUUCCUAAUAUGAAAUAUAUCAUGAGCAAAGAUAAAUUGUAUUGAUAAUAAUACCUUUUAAAAGGGCUUUUCUUUCUGAAAUACAGUUUCCUUUGGCUGCCGUAACAAAUUACCACAAGUUUGGUGGCUUAAAAAAAAUUUCAGAAUUCUGGAGGCUGGAAGCCUAAAAUUAAGAUGUCAGCAGUGUUGGUUGCUUUUGGAGGCUGUAAAAGAGAAUCCAUUCCAUGCUUCUCUCCUACCUUCUGCAGUCCAUGGUGUUCCUUGGUUUAUAGAUGUAUCACUCCAGUAUCUGCCUUUGUCUUCACAUGGCCUUCCUCCCAUCUUCUUUCUCUUACAAGGACAAUGUCUGUGGAUUUAGGGCCCACCCUAAUCCAGGAUAAUUGUGUGUUCAGAUCUUUAACUUAAUUAUGUCUACAAAGACUCUUUUUCCAUAUAAGGUCAUAUUUACAGGUUCCAAGUUGACCUAUCUUUUUGUGGGGCACUUUUUAACCCACCAAAGUUACCAAAGGAGAUUUUACAAUAAAUUUCAUAAAACUUGUAGGAAAUAAAUUUUUGAUGAGAUAUUUUAAAUAAAAUUGCAUCUUUUCAGAGAGGUUAAAAACAAGUGACUUGCAGGGUCACAUAAUUAUAAAACUAAAAGUAACUGGUAUUUGAUUCCAUUAUCCAAAAAACGUUAGAAUUUAAAGGAAGUUUAGAAAUUAUUUGAUCUAGUCUUAUUUUGUAGAUUAGGGAACAAAUGCUUGGGUAGGAUUUGGUGGGAUUAAUUUUGGAUUCUGUGUCUGCUAUUUGGAGUACAUUCAUUGGGUUGUCAUUCCCUAACAGAGAAGUAUUAUUUGGAUAUGCUAACAUUGACAUGUAAACUUAGAACUGUAACUAGAAUUCAUUUUUUAAUCCAGUUUUACAUUUGUAAACUUUUCAAUAACUGUGUGAACUGUCUUAAGUGUUGGAUUAUGCUUUCUCUGGGUUUUAAAUAAUGAGUGGAUUUGGAAGGUACUGUUCAUUUGCAAUAUAAAAUUAUGCACAGGUAAAAAUACAAGUGUAGUCUUGAGUAAUAAAUGCAAAGUCUGGUUUUACA